AUGCUUUUGGAAGAUCAGCGCCAACUCCACGAGGACCUCGAGCGCCUCGAGGACGCCGCUGCCGAGCGACUCCUAGAAGACCCCCCGCAUAUUCGCGAUCGCCUCGCACGUGACCACGACAUUGCGCGAUUCCUGGAGCAGAUCGAGAGCCAGUCGAGCCGCCUACUGAGGAUCUACCAGGAUGAGGACAGCAAGAAGGAGGACGAGGUGCGCGGUCUCACCCACGGCGACCCCAUGGAGUCCUUCAUGAAGGAGAUCGCAUCCAUCAAGGACUUCCACAGCCGAUACCAGAACGAGCCUGUCGAGAACCUGGAGAAGGCCUACAAGAAACGCUCACCCGAAGACCACACGGCGUCCAUCGCAGCCAUCGACUCCAUGUUCACCGGCGAGGAGGGUUUUGGUCGCUUCUUCGACCUGACGACUCUGCACGAGCAGUACCUCAACCUUCCCGUUCAGCAAAACGCGCGCCGUCUGACCUAUCUGGAGUACCUCGACAAGUUCGAUAUCUUUACCCCUCCGCAAUGCAACAUCCGGCGCGAACAGAAGAAAUCAGAGGCCUACUUUCAUUACCUGAAAGCUCUACAAGAUUACCUCGAGAGCUUCAUGCGACGGACAAAGCCGCUAGAGAACCUGGAUAAGCUCUUCACCAGCUUCGACAAAGAGUUCGAGGAGGCAUGGGAGAAAGACGCAGUUCCAGGCUGGGAGAAAAAGUCCACGGCGUCUGCACCGGUCAACGGUGAGGCGCAGGGUGAGGGCAUCUGGUGCUCAGCCUGCAAGAAAGGCUUCUCAAAAGAGACUGUUUACGAAGCACAUUUGUCAGGCAAGAAACACAAGAAGGCGCUACAAGAAAGCCAGAACGGCGCGCAGGAUGCUGAGAAGCAGGCGAACGGUGCCUCCUCAGACUUGCAACGCUUCAAGGAGCGUGCAGUCGCAGAGCGCGAAUUCAGGAUACGGAAGCUCGCUGCAGCCAUGCAGACGGAGCGCGGCGACACCAAGGUCAACGUCGAGCGGAAGCAGGGUAUGACCGAGCGCGAGCGACAACAAGAGCUGGAGCAACUGUACGCCGAGCAACCCGAGAACGGCGGAGAAAAGGAGGACAACGAAUCCGACAGCGAAGACAAGAUCUACAACCCGCUCAAGCUACCACUCGCUUGGGACGGCAAGCCCAUCCCCUUCUGGCUGUACAAGCUCCACGGUCUGGGCGUCGAAUUCCCCUGCGAGAUUUGCGGAAACUUCGUAUACAUGGGCAGGCGCGCAUUCGACAAGCACUUCAACGAGCCUCGCCACAUCCACGGUCUCAAGUGUCUCGGCAUUACCAAUACCACCCUCUUCCGAGAGAUUACAAGCAUACAAGAAGCUGAGGAGCUGUGGCGCAAGAUCCAGAAGGACCAGAAGAAACAGAAGCUGCUUGCAGAGAACGUUGUCGAGAUGGAGGAUAACGAGGGUAACGUUAUGCCCGAGAAGGUCUACCGGGAUUUGGCUGCCGCGGGCAUGUUGUGA